AUCCUGCAACCGGUUUGUCACAUGACUGUGCUCAUCGAGACUUUAUUUCCGUGUUCACUGGGAUCUCACGCUGAAUGAAAUCCUAAACUGGGUUUUUUUUUUUCUCCCUCGCCGCGCUGUCAUUGGAACGCGUCGCCGAGCUGGGGGGUACUUCGGGGAAGGAGACCCGCGCAUUUCGCCGCAAAGACGCACGCUGCAGCAGUAAUAUGCUCACACGGGUGAAAUCCGCGGUGGCCAAUUUCAUGGGAGGCAUCAUGGCUGGCGGAUCGAAUGGGGAUCACUUCGGCGGCUCCGACCUGCCGCUGAAAUUUCCUUACAUGCGACCUGAGUUUCUGGGACUGUCGCAGGACGAGAUAGAGUGCUCCGCGGAUCACAUUGCGAGACCGAUUCUCAUCCUGAAGGAGACGAAGAGACUGCCUUGGUCUACCGGUUAUGCAGAGGUGAUCAAUGCAGGGAAGAGCACUCUGAAUGAGGACCAGGCCUGCUGCGAGGUGAUGGUGGUGAAGAAGAAGCCGGGGGGCUCCUCAACCCCCAGCAAAACCCCUACUGCCAAGCGGAGGUCCUCCCUACCCAACGGAGAAGGCCUGGGUCUGAGGGAGAACGCGGAGUCCGAGGGGCUGCAGUUCCAUUACUGGGCUCUGUUUGAUGGGCACGCGGGGUCGGGGGCGGCGGUCGUGGCCUCCAAGUUGCUGCAGCAUCACAUCGUCGAGCAGCUCCAGGAUGUGCUGGACAUCCUCCGCAACUCCGCCCUCCUGCCCCCCACCUGCCUGGGGGAGGAGCCCAACAACACGCCCGGCUCUCACCGCGCCCUCACCCGCGCCGCCUCCCUGCGCGGGGCCGCGGGGGCCCCCGGUUCACCCAGCACGCCACCCACCCGCUUCUUCACCGAGAAGAAGGUCCAGCACGAGAGCCUGGUGAUCGGGGCCAUAGAGAACGCCUUCAAAGAGAUGGAUGCACAGAUUGAGCGGGAGAAGACUGUGCACAGCAUCUCUGGGGGCUGCACGGCGCUGGUGGUGGUCUUCCUCCUGGGAAAGCUAUACGUGGGCAAUGCUGGAGACAGCAGGGCUAUCAUCAUCCGGAACGGCGAGGUCAUCCCCAUGUCCACAGAGUUCACCCCCGAGUCAGAGCGACAGAGGCUGCAGUUUCUGGGUUUUAUGCAGCCACACUUGUUAGGGAACGAGUUUACACACCUGGAGUUCCCCCGGAGGGUACAGAGGAAGGAGGUGGGCAAGAGGAUGUUGUACCGGGAUUUCACCAUGACCGGCUGGGCAUAUAAAACCAUCGAGGAUGACGACCUGAAGUUUCCUUUAAUAUAUGGGGAAGGGAAGAAGGCCCGAGUCAUGGCCACCAUCGGCGUCACCCGCGGCCUCGGCGACCAUGACCUGAAGGUGCAUGACUCCAACAUCUACAUCAAGCCUUUCCUCUCCUGCUGCCCAGAGGUGAAGGUGUACCACCUAACACAGUAUGAGCACGGACCCGACGAUGUCCUGGUGCUGGGCACUGAUGGCCUGUGGGACGUGCUGUCCAAUGAGGAAGUGGCGGAGGCGGUCACCACCUUCCUGGCCAACUGUGACCCAGACGACCAGCAUAGGUACACGAUGGCCGCACAGGACCUGGUGAUGAGGGCGCGGGGGGUGCUGAGGGACAGGGGCUGGCGGAUCUCCAACGACAGACUGGGCUCCGGAGACGACAUCUCCGUCUACAUCAUCCCCCUCCUCUACGGGAACCAGCAGCCCUAGCUACAGCAGCUCCCCCUGGUGGCUCCAAAAGGGGACAUGAAGCCGUGUCUUGCCCCCUCCCCUUCCUCCCUGACUGCCCCCCUCCCCCCACAGUGCUGUACUGUAAACGACGAUCAUGCAUAAUCAGCUGACCUACCCCUCCUCUACGGUAAGGCACGUGUGUUUGAAGACCUUCCUCAUAGCACAGUGUUAACAAUGGAAGAUCUCAGGAUUUCCGAGCCACCCUUGUCAUGUGACCCCCGGAUUGCACGGGCAGGCCGCCGAGUGUUGCCGCUUUGCCCGCGUGUGAAUUGGGAGAUACACAUAAUCUUCUCAUGCUGUGGAGAAGCCAUCAAAGGUCAUCAAGUGGUGUAGUACUUGCCAACCGAGGCACUCCGUAAGAACAGCCCCCUCUCAUAUGCAGUUCUGGUGUUCCCCAGUACUUGUGCACUGAUUUGAAAGGGGAGUCUGCACUUUUGCAAGUGAUGACCCUGCUUUUAUUUCGGGUCACGGGGGGCAGCAGUGGGAGAAACAGGCAGGGAUUGGGAAUCGAAGCAAU